CGCCUCAGUCUGCAAUCAUCAUCUCUCUCUCCCCUCUGCAAACAAGCAGACGUCUCUGUCGAAUCACUUCCCUGUGAUUUACUUUUCUCAGAAAGUCUGUCGCAUCAACCGUGUUUGGAGACCUACGCCUCAACAGCGAGGGCAGCAGACUGCGCAGUCCGCAUCGCAGUUGUCGGAUGGCAUUGGCAGUCAAGAAUUAGGAAAAGUGAGCCAGCUAUCAUGGAUGAUCAGGACAUAUGAAGCAUUUCUGAUCUACAUUUGCCAAGAAGAAACCAACGCUGUUAUGGCAGAUCAAGGCGAAAUGAAGAGUCCGGAGGACCUGUCACCUGAGAUCCAGGAUUGGAGUAAACAUCAAGUGAGAGAAUGGGCUCUCAAUUUGGAUAAUGUGGAUGACAGAGUAGCAGAGAUACUGUUUCAGCAGGACGUUAAUGGGCCUAGUCUUUUGCUUUUCGAUACAACAGAUUUAAACAAAAUGGGUGUGAAUUUUGGACCAGCAAAACUAAUCAUUCAUGCCAGAGAUGAGUUAGUGAAAUUAAAAAAAGAAGAACCAACAAGCUCUUCAAAUCAGCCUGGAAAACCAUGCAAGCCGUAUCCAUUUUGUAGGUACCACGAUACAUACAGAUACAUGGAGAGCGGCAUUCUUGAUAUUACAGAAUCCGGUGCCUCAGACUUAAUUGAACCCUGCCACGAGUAUAAAGCGUUCAUCAAUACAACAGAUGAAACCAAAAUGAGCAAGUUCACUGCUGAGGUUAUUCGCUUUGCAGCGGCCUGCAUGAACAGCCGCACCAACGGCACCAUACAUUUUGGAAUAGGGGACCAGCCACACUUCACCCACGGUCAAGUGUUGGGAGUUGUUGCUGAUGACAGAGAGGCUUAUGUAAAUGAGCUAAAAUCUGCCAUUGAUGGUUAUUUUGAGCAUAAACACAAACAGACUGCUCAAAUGUGCAUCAAACCUCCUCGAUUUGUUGGAGUUCUCAAUAAGAAUAUGACAUCAUCUGACAAAUGUGUGAUAGAAGUGGACAUAGUUCCUGACUCUGCCGUCUGUGAAGAAAACAUCUUUCACACUUUCAGCAUGAACACAAAAAAGGCCAAGAAAAAAACGAAGGGUAAAGAAACUGUAAUAAAACUGUCAAAACAGUUCUUUGUCCGUGAUGGCGGUAGCAGCAGGGAUCUCCUCGCACAGACCACAUUUGCCAAACAUAUGGAAGAGUUCAACCAGUUUGUUGACAAUAUGGCGCAACGAUCACAACUCCGAAAACAAGCAGAAGAGAAGCACCUCAGUGUGAUAAAAAGCAGUAGUCAAGGCUCCAGAUUAAGUAUGAUGAUAACUGGUGGAUCCCUCUCUUUAGAUAAAUCACACUUCGAGCAGUAUGUUAUAGUAACUAACAAAUCCCAUUCAAUCCAGUUUGAAUCACUGGGAUUUCUUGUGGAACUCAACCCAACAGCUGUUUUGGACUUUGAUCCAGAAUCAGCUAAACAUGGAUUACAGAAUCGCUUCGAACAGCAGAGUACUGUGAGUGUCCAUUUACCAGCACAGUAUAAAAUCACAGAAGCAGUUGAGGACAUUGCAAACAAGUUGAAAUUAACUCGAAACACCAGCUGGGUUUUCUGCAACGGAGGUAUUGAGGGUGAGUUCCCCUCAGACAUAGAACAGUGGUUGAUGGACAAAGGAGCCUCCAUUCGAGAUGUCAUUUCUUUCUUAUGUCGGAAAGAUGUGCUUCCAAACAAGAGAUUCCUUGUCAUUUUCUUACUUUUGUCAACAGUGAGUGAGAAGAUGGACCCUCUUGUUGAGACGUUCAGUACAUUCUACCAGGAGCUCAGAGGCCCAGAGCAAAUCCUUUGUAUAUGUGACAAUGAAAAAGCAUUUACCUCCUGGAGGGACCUGAUUGAGGCGCGGUGUGGAAUCAACAUCUCUGGCAGAUGCAUAUACGAGCUCAGUUUUGCUGAAGUCAAUGGCACUGUCCUUAGUCUUCUGUCAAAAAACCGUAGGUCCAGCCGUUUCCUACCCUGUGGUGGGGGAAGCAAAGUGCUUCUUGAGAAGAAAGUGGAGCGUAGCCUGAAUACCUUAGAGGUCCUGUGUGUGAACCAAUGUGAAGGGGGAAACGAGGACAGAAUUGUCAUAGAGGAGAACUUCUACAAAGGAGGGAAAGUGUCGUGGUGGAAUUUCUAUUUCUCAGAGCAGCCUGGAUCCACCCCGUUUAUCAAACGAGACAUGUUUGACUUUAUCAUGAACACAGUCAUACCAGAUUUGUGCUCCCUGAGAAAAGCCUGCGUGUUAUUCAACCUCAUGCAUGUACCUGGAUGUGGGGGGACAACUUUGGCCAUGCAUACUCUGUGGGCUCUCCGGGAGAGAUUCCGCUGUGCUGUCCUCAGAGACAGCAACGCUGACUUUGCUGAAGUAGCUGAUCAAGUUGUCAAACUUUUAAUGUAUGACCAUGAGGAGAAAUUACCACGGGUCCCUGUUUUGCUGAUGAUAGAUGACUUUGAUGAUAAAGAAAAAGUGUUUGACUUGCAGCAGCUCAUUGAAAAAGAAUGUGUGAAGAAAAACAUUCAGUCUAAGUCUGCACAGGUAAUUCUCCUGAACUGUAUGAGGUCAGAGUCCACCGGGCAGACUGAAAAAACUGAAGACACACUCUUCAUUGGGAAUGAACUCUCUGAGAAGGAGCAGAGACUGUUUGAGGAAACACUUGUAGAAAUCAAGAAGAAGCACAAGAAUGUGGAAACGUUCUAUGGAUUUAUGAUCAUGAAGAAGAACUUCAAGCCAGAGUAUAUUGAAGGUGUGGUCCGCAACACCCUGAAGAGUUUCAACAUGAAUCAGAAAAAUGCACAACUCCUGGCUGUUUUGGUUCUGUUGAGUGUGUACUGCAAGGAUGCCUCUCUCUCCGUCUCUCUGUGUGAGGAAUUCCUUGGUCUUCAACCAAAACCAUUUUGUGGAACCAUCAAAGUUGAAGAAGGAUUUGGGAAAUUUUCCACUUUAAUUGCCAGCUGCUUAGUUGAGGGAAAGGUAGUAUUCAAAGCUGUGAAAAUGAUCCAUAUAAGUAUCGCAAGGCAGUGUUUGCAGGAACUUACAGCAACACACAAUGUAAACAGAGCUGAUAUUACCGACCUUCUGCUGACCACAAACAAGCUUUUUGAGAGCACACAAGGGAAAGACAAACUCCUGCAAGAUGUUCACCACAUUUUGGUGAAGAGACAUUAUUCAGCAGAAGAGGAAUCUCAGUUCUCUCCACUAAUUCAAGACAUCGCAAGUGAAACACCAGGACUGGAAGAGAUGGUGCUAAAGAAUGCAUCAAAAAGAUUUGAGAAAGAUGCGGUUGUCUCUCAGUUACUAGCCAGGUACUAUUACCUAAAAAAGAGGGAUUUCUCAGAGGCAAAGGAUUGGGCAGGGAGAGCAAGAGAUCUUUCCAAAGACAGCUCAUAUUUCGCAGACACAUCAGCACAAGUUAUCAAGCACGAGCUGAAAAAUGCCAUUGCAAACUGCAAGGAACAGCCUAUUACUCCUGAAAAAUUGAGCAUGUUUCUUAAAAUGGCUCAGUCAGCAAUAGAAGCAUUUAAGGAAACACAGAACCUUGCAAAGAAGGAGUCGAUUCAGCGAUUACAAAAUAAGACCGAUAACUGUCCUUUUAAUACAUCGGGGUGCCUGGGAGAAAUUCAGGCUGGUGUACUUGUAAUUGAAGUGCUUGAAAAGACCGCCAUAUUUUCUUCUGACAAUGUCCGCCAUGACAUCAUGAGUCAGGUCCUCUCUGGGGAUAUUAAUCUUCAGCAUGUAGAGACAUCUGAUCCCAGGCACCACAAACUCAGACAAUACUACUUCAUUCUCAGACAGUUUGAGGAUGUACUUUACAAUCUCAAAUACAGGAUGAAGGUGAACUUUGACUUACUUGACAAGUUUUAUGUGAACUUGGGCUCCAGAUUUGGAAUGAAAGACAGUCGUGAGCAAAUAGCCCAAAAUGAGCUUUUCAGAUGUUUCAAAAUAUAUGCCGAUCUUUUCUGCAAGACAGAUUCAGCAGCUCUUUUGAAGAAUAAAACCAUGCAAUUCAUGCUGAAACUACACCAGGCAAGACAAUACCUGGAGAUGCAAAAAGCGGAUACCUAUUCUGGGAUCCUAAACUAUCUCUCAAAUGACAGCCCACCUGAAAAAAUGGAGAAGAUUGCAAGACAGUAUGAUUUUGUUUGUCUACCGGAUCAUAAACCGACAAUUAAGGAGAGAAUCAACUUCCUCUAUGUCAAUGUUGUGUUGAGUUGUAUCAAACUGGAAUCAACACACAUUCAGCCAUACCAGAAACUAAUCGAUGUCCUUUGCGAAGUUCUGCGUGAGCCAAUCCCAUUAAGUGAUAAUUUGCCACUACACUUCAUUGCAGUUGUGCUGCUUUGGCCACAGCAGAACAGUCGAGAAUGUAGAAGUCUGGGGAAAUUCAUCUCACAGGUGAGGACCUCUUAUCACACAGAGAUGAAGGAAGUGUGCAAUGGCAAGAGGCCCAUUAUCCAUUUCUUCCUGGGGAAGAAGCAGGGCUAUGAUCGACUGGUACACUUUGGGGAAAUCAAAAGGUGCAUCACAGCUGGGCAGGAGCAGUUUUCCUCCAUGUGGGCAAAUGGCAAAAUAUGGAAAGAGAAGAAGGUGGAGGAGCUCCUCUGCAGGGUCACUGGCGAGGUGAAAUUUGGCUCUAUACUUGCAGAUACUUGUGUCCCAGGUCUGAAGGUCGAAGUCACUCCGGUUUUUCGAGGUCAGCUCGUUGGUCAUGCUGAGGGGUCAAAAGUGUCGUUCUUUACUGGUUUCUCCAUGAAAGGCCCAGUUGCACUUGACAUUAACUAACCUUUGAAAGCAGCCUGUUCCAACACACUGUAUUUUCAGCUAAUCACAGUGGAUCCAUUUGUUUUAUACACUCCUGUAUACUUCGGAAAGGGUAGAUUUGCUUGUAUUUAACUGUGAUUCUAUGAUACAUUUUGUGUGUUGGCUCUGUUCAUUACAUUAUUGAUACCGUUAUUUUUUAAAGGAAAACAUCUGUCAACCUUAAAAUACCGUACCUCUAAGAAAUGUCUUAUAUUCAAGUAUGUACUGUAACUCAUUGUAAAUAUGAAUAUUUAAUGAAAAUUGUAAUGUUUUUUCUUAAUUGAAAAUUAAAUUUUAAAAGGAAUUCAACUGACCUUCUGUCAUGUUAUGAUUAACUGAAUAAAUGUCUUACACAGCAAUAUUUUACUUUUGAAUACCAUGCUGUUCAUUAACAAAUAUGUAUGAAUUUGCAAUGUUUUACACACAGUGUCUGUGAUUCAGCACGGUCCAUUAUUGGUACACAUUUGCUUUAAAUAGCCUUUUAACAAUGUUUUACUCAAGAGUAAUUUGUUUUUACACACUGCUCAUGAAAAUGUCGACCUUUGAAUUUUGAUUUUGUGUGUUUUUUGUAAACUGAUCUGAUGUUUGAAAUGCAAUAGUUUGGACCUUUUUCUAUGUGUUGCAUUACUUUAUUGAUUUUGUUCAAAUACCUUUUUUUGCAUUAUGUGAAAAACAAUGAUUAGCACUGACAUUUUCAAUACCUUUUUAAUAAAGAUGUACUGUAACCAUGUAA